GAUGUUGCUCAAAUUGAGAGAAGACCCGUUUCUAAGAAGAGUGUUCUAUUCUUAUCUUUGUCAUUUGAAUCAUCCACCCACUCCACUCAUAAGAGUAUUUAUCAACUCUGAAAUACUUUCUGACUGCCAUUUCGCAUCCACCUGAAGCAACUCAAAUAGUAAAAUUUUCUUCUUCAUGUUUUUUAUUUAUCUAGAAACUACGCUCAUGAUACUCCUAUGAUUUUCACAUUCCUUAAAAAUGGCUGCUUCAGUCACUUAUUUUGCUCACUUUAAACCUUAUCCAUGUCCGACACUUCAAUCGUCAUCUUCUUAUCUUCAGUUUUUUCCAACUUCUAAAUCUCACCCUUUAAUUUCUUUUUCAUUAGCUCCAAAACCCACUUCUUCAAAUUCUAUUUCUUCGUCUGAUUCUUCUCAUCAACUCCCUCCAAAUUUUACCCAAAAGGAGCUUCUUGAAACUCUCAAAAAAGAAAAUGAUGCAGAAAUGGCACUUUGGGUGUUUGAUUGGGCUUCAAAGCAGCCUAAUUUCAUACCCGCUUUGUCAGUCUGUGAAGAAAUUCUUAGGAAGCUUGCAAAUGAAGGAUCUUUUGAUUCAAUGAAGAGGGUUUUGGAAGAAAUUAAGCAAUUGGGUUGUGAGUUAAACGAAGGUACUUUCCUGAUUUUCAUUGAUUCUUAUGUUAAUUCUGGUUUGUAUGAUGAAGCUGUUUAUGUGAUUGAUAUGAUGGAAAGAGAUUUUGGUGUAACUUGUGGUACUCAUACCUUUAAUUACUUGUUAAAUGUUCUUGUUGAUGGGUAUAGAUUGAAAUUAGUUGAAAGUGUUCAUGCUAGAAUGAUUGAAAAUGGGGUUAAACAAGAUGUUUCAACUUAUAAUAUUUUGAUAAAAGGGCUUUGUAAAGCUCAUCAAAUUAGGCCUGCUCUUAUAAUGAUGGAGGAAAUGGAAAAGAAUGGAUUGAUUCCAGAUGAGAAAACAUACACUACUAUUAUGCAGGGUUAUAUUGAGGAAGGAAAUGUCGAAGGCGCUUUACGGGUUAGGGAUAUGAUGGUGGGAGCUGGUUGUGCUACAACCAAUGUGACUGUAAAUGUUUUGGUUUAUGGAUUUUGCAAGGAAGGAAGCAUAGAAGAAGCUUUGAGCUUUGUUCAGGAAAUGGUGGUUGAAGGGUUUUAUCCUGAUCAAUUUACAUUUAACACUUUGGUGAGUGGUUUAUGUAACAAGGGUCAUGUUAAACAUGCACUGGAGGUGUUAGAUGCUAUGCUUGAAGAUGGGUUUGAUCCGGAUUUAUAUACUUAUAAUGCUUUAAUAUCAGGGUUGUGCAAGAUGGGUGAGCUUGAAGAGGCAAUGGAAGUUCUUGAGUUGAUGGUUUUAAGGGGCUGUACACCGAAUACAAUAACCUAUAACACACUGAUUAACGCUAUGUGUAAGGAUAACCAAGUCGAGAAAGCCACUGAAUUCGUACGGCUUCUAACUAGCAAGGGCGUUUUGCCUGAUGUGUGUACAUUCAAUUCUCUUAUACAAGGUCUUUGCUUGUCGAGAAAACACAAGCUUGCUAUGGAGUUAUUCAGGGAUAUGAAAAAUGAUGGGUGCCACCCUGAUGAAUUUACUUAUAACAUGCUAAUAGAUAGCAUGUGUUCUAGAGGGAAAAUAGAUGAAGCUUUGGCCUUGUUGAAGGAAAUGGAAGCAAGUGGAUGUGCAAGAAAUGUAGUGACAUAUAAUACUCUGAUUGACGGGUUUUGUAAAAAUAAGAGGAUAGAAGACGCUGAAGAGAUUUUCGAUCAGAUGGAAGUUCAUGGGGUUUCAAGAAAUUUGGUUACGUACAAUACCCUCAUUGACGGCCUGUGUAAAAUUCGAAGGGUGGAGGAUGCUGCUGAACUUAUGGACCAGAUGAUCAUGGAGGGAUUAAAACCCGACAAGUUUACUUAUAAUUCCUUGCUUUCUCAUUUUUGUAAGGCAGGUAAUAUAAAAAAGGCAGCAGAUAUAGUGCAAACAAUGACUUCUAAUGGGUGUGAGCCUGAUAUUGUUACUUAUGGAACCUUGAUUCAGGGGUUAUGUAAAGCAGGUCGAGUUGAGGUUGCCACUCGACUCCUCCGAAGUGUUCAGAUGAAAGGAAUGGUUCUAACCCCUCACGCCUACAACCCCGUAAUACAAGCUCUCUUGAAGAGGAGACAAUCGAAAGAAGCUAUGAGGCUUUUCCAAGAAAUGGUGGAAAGGGGUAACCCUCCAGAUGCUGUAACUCAUAAGAUAGUUUUCCGCGGUCUUUGUUCUAGUGGAGGGCCGAUUGGAGAAGCUAUUGAUUUCUUAGUAGAGAUGCUUGAGAAAGGAUAUAUUCCUGAGUUUUCUUCAUUUAUGAUGCUAGCAGAUGGUCUUUGUUCCCUAGCAAUGGAAGAUACACUAAUGAAGCUUGUUCAUUUAAUCAUGAAACAUGCGAAGUUCUCGGAAAAUGAGGUUUCUAUGAUAAAGGGUUUUAUGAAGAUUCGUAAAUUUCAAGAUGCGUUGGCUACCCUUGGCCGUAUUUUGAAUCACCGAGUGCCUAGAAGAGUUUAUAGAUGAAGGAAAGCAUGAAGUCCUUGUAUUCAUUAUUGCACAAUGAAGUUACAGCAAGCUCUCGACUCCCAGCUCAUCAUCAAGAAUCGGCUUAGCUUGGUUGGUCAUCACCUUUCUAGCAUGCCUCGCUCAGAGCCUAAACCUGUGGAAUGGCCAGCCAUUGCAGAGUUACAGCUGUAAGGUGUUACCUUAUAGAAUCUCUAUAGUUCAGAUACAUAGCAAUCAGGCCGUUUUGGUAUUGCUUUCAUUUAAGGACACAUUCAAUUUCUCCUUAUGUUAUAUGUCAUUUAUUAUGAUACAUUCAAUAAAUAUUUAUGAGAUUUAUGAACAAGAAACCCUGUUAUUAUGUUAUAUAAACCUCCACAAGAUCACUGCUAUUUCAAACUACAUUGUUCUCCAAGAACUUUCUGACAUUCAAUAACAUGAAAGUUCAGACACGAAACUCUGUUACACGCAUCUUUAUUUUCUCC